AAGACUUGUCGUCUCUGACUUCUGUCUCGUCCUUUCGUUGUCUUUGCUGCAUUGCGAGGCGUCUAACAGGGCACUGCCUAUAGUUUCUUCGCUUUUCUCCGCGCCUGCCGGUCUGGAUGCACGCUGGAUUGCGCACUGCCUUUCGCAGAGCGACGUCCGCAAGCAUCUUCGAAACCAGUGCCACCACAAGGAGGCUGAGUAGUUGCAGCAACAACAGCAGCAUUCUGCGACACAUCUCUGGUUCAUUGCCGCCCCUGCACCCUCGAUUAAGUGUUCGACCUCAGCCUACUAAUCUGCCUGGUCGGAUUCACCGCUUUCUUGUUCAUCCCGGCCAGGCCAGCGUGCACACCGGUCGCCUCCGACAAGUUGUUCGCACAACGAAGGAACUAGCGCCUUCUGCCGCAGCACACCAUCCUGUUGCCUUGUCACCACUUCUCGGCGAACCCGCUCGUAGCCGUGAGGCGCCCGUCCUUGUGUAUCGCAGAGCUUUGUCGACGUCAUCCUCCCUGCAAAACAUGUCCUCCACCUCCGAGCAGCGUCUUAGCAAACGAAAGCAACCUCCGAACCCUUCGAACGAUCGACCAAUGAAGCAGUUCAAGCACCAAGAUGCAGGUGGCUACGCGAACGGUGUGGACAAUACUUUCAGCAACGGCGGCAGCCCGGAGCUGGCGCGUGGCAGUAGCAACGCCAACGAUAUGCCACUCGAUAUCGACGAAGGACGAGCGCUGAGCCGGGUGCCAACAACAACGGCGGCGGAGACAGCAGAAUGGCAAGCGACAGUGGAGAAGGUCAUCAAGAAUGUGGUUUCCAUACACUUUUGUCAGACGCAUUCCUUUGACACGGAUGGCGCGAUCGCAAGCGAAGCCACGGGCUUCGUAGUGGAUGCGGAGAAUGGCUACAUUCUUACCAAUAGGCAUGUGGUAGGAGCAGGGCCAUUCUGGGGGUACUGCAUCUUCGACAACCACGAGGAAUGCGAUGUCUUCCCAGUUUAUCGCGACCCUGUUCACGACUUCGGUAUCCUGCGAUUCGACCCGAAGAAGAUCAAGUACAUGCCUGUGACGGCUCUGAAGCUACGCCCUGACCUCGCAAAGGUGGGUUCUGAGAUUCGAGUCGUGGGUAACGAUGCCGGGGAAAAGUUGAGCAUUCUGUCCGGCGUGAUCAGCAGACUUGAUCGGAACGCUCCAGAGUACGGUGAUGGAUACUGCGAUUUCAACACAAACUACAUCCAAGCCGCGGCUUCGGCGAGUGGAGGCAGUUCAGGUUCGCCGGUCGUGAAUCAGGACGGUUACGCUGUCGCGUUGCAAGCCGGAGGGCGGUGCGAUGGUGCAGCGACAGACUAUUUCUUGCCCUUGGAUCGACCACUGCGGGCCCUUCAAUGUAUACAACGAGGUAUUCCAGUUUCGCGGGGCACAAUUCAGACACAGUGGCUGCUCAAGCCUUAUGACGAGUGCAGGAGGCUUGGUCUAACUGCUAAUUGGGAGGCUGCAAUGCGUGCCCGCUUCCCAAACGAGACAGGUCUGUUGGUGGCGGAAACCGUUCUUCCAAAAGGGCCUGCACACGAGAAACUAGAGGAAGGCGACGUCUUGCUGAAGGUCAAUGGCGAGCUCGUUUCCCAGUUCAUUCGUUUGGAUGACAUCUUGGACUCGUCUGUGUCCAAAAAGGUCACCCUCUUAGUACAGCGUGGGGGACGAGAUAUCGAGGUGGAGCUUGAAGUUGGAGAUCUUCAUGCCAUCACUCCUGAUAGAUUUGUGCAGGUUGCUGGUGCUACCUUCCAUGACCUAUCAUACCAACAAGCACGGCUUUACGCGAUCUCGAUCAAGGGCAACGGCGUUUAUGUUUGUGAAACAGGCGGGACCUUCAGGCUGGAUGGAUCAGAAUCUGGCUGGAUGAUCCAAUCCGUCAAUAAUGAAGAAACCCCGGAUCUUGACACCUUCAUCAAGGUGAUGGCCGCUAUUCCGGAUAGAUCGAGGGUGGUCAUCGCAUACAAGCAUCUUCGCGAUUUGCACACGCGCAACACUGCGAUCAUCAACGUGGAUAGGCAUUGGCAUAAGAAGAUGCGGCUUGCAGUGCGAAAUGACAAGACUGGCUUGUGGGAUUUCUCAGAUCUCGCCGAGCCUCUGCCUGCUGAACCACGAUCCCCGCAACGCGCGAAUUUCAUUACCAUGACGAAUGAGCAGUACCCGCAAGCUGUCGAUAUCGUACGCAGCUUUGUUCGAGUCACCUGUUUGCUCCCGGUAAAGCUGGAUGGCUUUCCCCGUGGUCGCAAGACUGGUCACGGUCUGGUAGUUGAUGCCGAGAAGGGUCUUGUGGUCAUCUCUCGAGCUAUUGUUCCUUACGACAUGUGCGAUAUACAUGUCACGAUUGCAGACUCAAUUCAAGUACCUGGAAAGGUGUUGUUCAUGCACCCUCUCCAGAAUUUCACAGUUUUGCAGUAUGACGCAAAGCUCGUCCACGCGCCGGUUCAAAGCGCAAAGUUGAGCAAGGAGUAUGUCAAACAAGGUCAGGAAGUUGUUUUCUUUGGCUUCAAUCAGAACUACCGGCCAGUCACUGCAAAGACUACGAUAACAGACAUCACAACUGUAGCUAUACCCGCGAGUGCAGCCACACCACGUUACCGGGCCGUGAACAUAGAUGCAAUCACUGUAGACACUAACCUCGCUGCGCAAUGUGGAAGCGGUGUUUUAAUGUCAGAAGAUGGCACCGUGCAGGCAUUGUGGUUGACCUAUCUAGGUGAUCGGUCUGGACACAGUGGAAAGGACGUCGAAUAUCAUCUUGGUUUGCAAACUCCAAUGGUUCAGCCAGUCAUUGACCAGAUCCAAGCUGGCGUGAUUCCAGAUUUAAGAAUAUUGAAUGCGGAGUUGCACACUUGUCCCAUGGACCAUGCCAGGAUUCUCGGAGUCACAGAAGAAUGGAUUGAGCGCGUCGAACGGGAUGAUCCAGAGCGCCACCAACUCUUCAUGGUCCGCAAGGUAGAUAGUGGCCAUAACGGUGAAGGCCUCCAAGAAUCCGACGUUCUGCUCACGCUCAACGGCAAGCUGAUCACACGAGUCUCGGACCUCGACAUCCAGUAUAAUAACGAAGUAUUGGAUGCAGUAAUUGUGCGCCGGCGAGAAAUCAUAAACAUCAAAGUCAGUACGACGGCAACGUCUAACAUCGAAACAUCUCGCGUAGUGGUAUUCUGUGGCGCACUGCUCCACCGUCCUCAUCAUGCGGUACGGCAGCAAAUCUCCAAAAUCCACAGCGACGUGUACAUAUCAGGGCGCACACGCGGCUCUCCCGCAUACAUGUACGGACUUGCUCCUACGAAUUUCAUUACUCACCUGAAUGGGAUACCUACACCGGAUCUGGAGACGUUCCUCAGAGAGGCGGAGAAGAUUCCUGAUAACACAUAUUUCAGGCUGAAGGUCAUGACGUUUGAUAACGUCCCCUGGGUAGUAACGAUGAAGAAGAACGAUCAUUACUUCCCAACAGUGGACAUGGUCAAAGACAGCUCGGAAGAACUGGGCUGGAGAAUCACUGUCAGAGAAGGGGAAAAGGGUGGUGAGGCUGAAGUGCCCGGCACCGGUAACGUCGAGGUUGAGGCAGGGGGAAACGUGACCGAGGCACCAGAUGGUGUAAAGGCGAGGCUAUAAGGGAUGCAUGUGAAGGAUUUGAAACAGGAAAUGUUUGUGGAAAGGAAACAAAUUUUAAGUGGAAUUGCGUGCAACUUGCGUUAGUCCUUGAAGCUUGUACACUUAAAACCUAAAGGUAAGCAUUUGGGCGCAUUGUUUUGAUGAAGGACAUAAGUGGUGUCUCCGCUUGAAAAUAUACUCUUAGGUUCAUCAAUAUAUUAUAAUAGACUGCUUCACACUGCAUUGUAACA